UCACAGCGGCGAAACACACACACACAGACACACACAGACAUGUUUGAUCGUUCUGAUAUGAGAGCUGGGGAGAGACAGGCCUAGAGCCCCCGUGAGCUAUGCCCCUCGUCCGCCAACGACAGCCACCCACCCCUGCUGCCCCUUUGCGGUUCCACCGCCUCCAGCCCAGAGUGUUUCCGAAUUGCCGUCUUUCGCCAGCCUGAUGGGUUUUCACGACUCGGGAUCAUUAUCUUAUGGACUGGUGCCAUCGUUACCCCCAGUUGAGGAUGGCGUAGGCUCUUCGGCAUUCACAUGAACAUCAGGCGACUACUGCGUUUUUCUGACAUGUAGAGGAAAGUUGAGGUGGUAUCUUUGAAAAGAACAGACUGAAGACAUUUAAUCGCCCAUCAGAGACAUUUCAUCUCCCAUCAUUUAGUAAAGACAAGAAACAGUCUACACUCCCUAGAUGGGGGGGGAGAAGACCACCCCUAAAGCAUUUCCCUGGUGUCUGGAAGAGAGACGGGAGAUAGAUGUCCACCCCAACGGAUCCAGGUGCCAUGCCUCACCCUGGGCCUUCACCAGGGCCAGGCCCCUCCCCUGGACCGAUUCUGGGACCUAGUCCAGGACCGGGACCGUCACCGGGGUCGGUUCACAGCAUGAUGGGACCAAGUCCUGGGCCACCAAGUGCCCCACAUCCAUUGCCAACGAUGGGGUCUGCUGAUUUUCCACAGGAAGGCAUACACCAAAUGCAUAAGGCCAUUGAUGGCAUGCAUGACAAAGGAAUGGUUGAAGAGAUGCAUUGUAGCUCCAUGAAGGGCACUGGUAUGCGACCACCUCAUCCUGGAAUGGGCCCUCCUCAGAGUCCAAUGGAUCAGCAUAGUCAAGGUUACAUGUCUCCACACCCGUCCCCCUUGGGAGCGCCAGAGCAUGUGUCCAGUCCCAUGUCAGGAGGGGGUCCAACUCCCCCCCAGAUGCCGCCAAGUCAACCGGGACCCAUGAUACCGGGAGACCCACAAGCGAUGAGCCAGCCCACCAGAGGUCCUUCGCCUUUCAGUUCGGUACAAUUGCAUCAGCUCAGAGCUCAAAUUUUAGCUUACAAAAUGUUGGCGAGGGGCCAGCCACUUCCUGAAACCCUGCAGCUUGCCGUUCAGGGGAAGAGGACAUUGCCUGGCAUUCAGCAGCAGCAACCGCCUCUUGUUAACUACAACAGACCAUCUGGUAUCGGGAUGCAUCCAAUUGCAGGUCCAGGUCCAGCUGGGGGACCUCCAUCUGGAAUGCCAGGACACACAGCUACAAUGACUCCUAAACCAUGGACUGAAGGCCAGGCCCCAGAUAUGAGUGGUAGCAAUCCACCCCAGAAGCUUGCAGUUCCUCCUCCAAGUGGAAGACCGUCACCUGCUCCUCCACCUGCGCAGCCUGCUGUUGCUAUGCCUGGACCUUCUGUAUCCCAGCCGACUCCUGGGCAGCCUUCACCUAUUGUCCAACUCCAGCAAAAGCAGAACCGUAUCAGUCCCAUUCAGAAACCGCAAGGACUGGAUCCUGUCGAAAUACUCCAGGAGCGAGAAUAUAGACUUCAGGCUCGCAUAGCUCACAGAAUCCAAGAGUUAGAGAAUUUACCUGGUUCUUUGCCACCAGAUUUACGAACCAAAGCUACAGUGGAACUGAAGGCUCUGAGGUUACUGAAUUUCCAGCGUCAGCUAAGACAAGAGGUAGUGGCCUGCAUGCGUCGUGACACAACCCUGGAGACUGCUCUCAACUCCAAAGCUUACAAACGCAGCAAGCGGCAAACUCUGCGAGAAGCCCGCAUGACCGAAAAACUUGAGAAGCAACAGAAGAUUGAGCAAGAGAGGAAGCGCAGACAGAAGCACCAGGAAUAUCUGAACAGCAUAUUGCAGCAUGCAAAAGAUUUUAAGGAAUAUCAUCGGUCUGUGGCCGGGAAAAUUCAGAAACUUUCGAAAGCUGUGGCAACUUGGCAUGCUAACACUGAACGGGAGCAGAAGAAAGAAACAGAACGAAUUGAAAAGGAAAGAAUGAGGAGACUCAUGGCUGAAGAUGAAGAAGGCUACCGGAAAUUGAUUGACCAAAAGAAGGACAGGCGUUUGGCUUAUCUUCUACAGCAGACAGAUGAGUAUGUGGCAAACUUGACUAAUUUGGUAUGGGAGCACAAGCAAGCACAAGCAGCCAAAGAAAAGAAGAAGAGGCGGCGAAGAAAGAAGAAAGCAGAAGAGAAUGCAGAAGGAAUGGAAUCUGGCCUCGGACCGGAUGGAGAGCCUAUAGAUGAAAGCAGUCAAAUGAGUGACCUUCCUGUCAAAGUGACUCAUACUGAAACGGGCAAAGUUCUGCUUGGACCAGAAGCACCUAAAGCAAGUCAGUUAGAUGCUUGGUUGGAAAUGAAUCCUGGUUAUGAAGUUGCUCCUCGAUCUGAUAGUGAGGAAAGUGAUUCUGAAUACGAGGAAGAGGAUGAUGAAGAGGAGUCAAGUAGACAAGAAACUGAAGAGAAGAUACUCUUGGAUCCAAAUAGUGAAGAGGUUUCUGAAAAAGAUGCUAAACAGAUCAUUGAGACAGCCAAACAAGAUGUGGACGAUGAAUACAGCAUGCAGUAUAGUGCUAGAGGGUCCCAGUCCUACUAUACCGUAGCGCAUGCGAUAGCGGAGAAGGUGGAGAAGCAGUCGGCUCUUCUCAUUAAUGGCUCACUAAAGCAUUAUCAGCUCCAGGGCCUGGAAUGGAUGGUGUCGCUGUAUAAUAACAAUUUGAAUGGAAUUUUAGCUGAUGAAAUGGGGUUAGGAAAGACCAUACAAACUAUUGCACUCAUCACUUAUCUGAUGGAGCACAAAAGACUCAAUGGCCCCUAUCUCAUCAUCGUUCCCCUUUCGACUUUAUCUAACUGGACAUAUGAAUUUGACAAAUGGGCUCCUUCUGUGGUGAAAAUUUCUUACAAGGGCACACCAGCCAUGCGGCGUUCCCUUGUUCCUCAGCUCCGGAGUGGGAAGUUUAAUGUCCUUUUGACUACUUAUGAGUACAUUAUUAAGGACAAGCACAUUCUUGCCAAGAUUCGAUGGAAAUAUAUGAUAGUUGAUGAAGGCCAUCGAAUGAAGAAUCAUCACUGCAAGUUGACUCAGGUCUUGAACACCCACUAUGUGGCUCCAAGAAGGAUACUCUUGACUGGGACCCCACUGCAAAAUAAACUGCCUGAACUUUGGGCCCUUCUCAACUUUCUCCUUCCCACCAUCUUCAAGAGCUGCAGCACAUUUGAACAGUGGUUCAAUGCUCCAUUUGCCAUGACUGGAGAAAGGGUGGAUUUGAAUGAAGAAGAAACUAUUUUGAUCAUCCGGCGUCUCCACAAAGUGCUUAGACCCUUCUUGCUGAGGAGACUGAAAAAGGAAGUUGAAUCCCAGCUGCCAGAAAAGGUGGAAUAUGUGAUCAAAUGUGACAUGUCCGCUCUGCAGAAGAUUCUGUAUCGCCAUAUGCAAGCCAAGGGAAUUCUUCUCACAGAUGGUUCGGAGAAAGACAAGAAGGGGAAAGGAGGGGCUAAGACUCUUAUGAACACAAUCAUGCAACUAAGAAAGAUAUGCAAUCACCCAUAUAUGUUUCAGCACAUUGAGGAGUCCUUUGCUGAACAUCUGGGCUACUCAAGUGGUGUCAUCAAUGGAGCCGAGUUAUAUCGGGCCUCAGGGAAGUUUGAACUACUUGAUCGGAUUCUACCAAAGUUAAGAGCCACUAACCACCGUGUAUUACUCUUCUGCCAAAUGACUUCACUCAUGACCAUUAUGGAGGACUACUUUGCUUUUCGGAACUUCCUUUACCUACGCCUUGAUGGCACUACAAAGUCAGAAGAUCGUGCUGCAUUGCUGAAGAAGUUCAAUGACCCUGGUUCACAGUUCUUCAUCUUUUUACUGAGCACGAGGGCAGGAGGUCUGGGAUUGAAUCUUCAGGCAGCUGACACUGUUGUCAUUUUUGACAGUGACUGGAAUCCUCACCAGGACUUGCAAGCCCAAGAUAGAGCUCACCGGAUUGGUCAGCAGAACGAGGUUCGCGUACUAAGGUUGUGCACCGUAAAUAGUGUGGAGGAAAAGAUUCUGGCCGCUGCCAAAUACAAGCUCAAUGUAGACCAGAAGGUUAUUCAGGCUGGCAUGUUUGAUCAAAAAUCUUCAAGCCACGAGCGGAGGGCUUUUCUACAAGCCAUAUUGGAGCAUGAGGAGGAAAAUGAGGAAGAAGAUGAAGUUCCUGAUGACGAGACUUUGAAUCAGAUGAUUGCUCGACGGGAGGAAGAAUUUGAUCUCUUUAUGCGUAUGGACAUGGACCGACGCAGGGAGGAUGCCCGAAAUCCAAAGCGCAAGCCGCGCUUGAUGGAGGAAGAUGAGCUUCCCUCUUGGAUCAUUAAAGAUGAUGCUGAAGUGGAAAGGCUUACUUGUGAAGAAGAGGAAGAAAAAAUAUUUGGUCGAGGGUCCCGCCAGCGCAGGGAUGUGGACUACAGUGAUGCCCUCACCGAGAAGCAGUGGCUACGGGCAAUUGAAGACGGCAAUUUGGAAGAAAUGGAAGAGGAAGUGCGGCUUAAAAAACGGAAAAGACGAAGAAAUGUGGAGAAAGAUCCUGGGAAAGAGGAUGUGGAGAAAGCUAAGAAGAGAAGGGGCAGACCUCCAGCUGAGAAAUUGUCACCUAACCCACCCAAACUGACAAAGCAGAUGAAUGCCAUUAUUGAUACUGUAAUAAACUACAAAGACAGUUCAGGACGUCAGCUAAGUGAGGUCUUCAUUCAGCUCCCAUCCAGGAAAGAAUUGCCAGAAUACUAUGAAUUAAUUAGGAAGCCAGUGGACUUCAAAAAAAUAAAGGAAAGAAUCCGGAAUCACAAGUACCGGAGCCUCAGUGAUUUGGAGAAAGAUGUCAUGCUACUUUGUCACAACGCCCAGACCUUCAACUUAGAAGGAUCACAGAUCUAUGAGGAUUCCAUUGUUCUCCAGUCAGUGUUCAAGAGUGCCCGGCAGAAAAUUGCCAAAGAGGAGGAGAGUGAGGAUGAAAGCAACGAUGAUGACGAGGACGACGACGAAGAUGAAUCCGAGUCUGAAUCAAAAUCUGUAAAAGUGAAGAUUAAGCUCAACAAGAAAGACGAGAAAAGCCGAGACAAAGGGAAAGGCAAGAAAAGGCAGAGCCGAGGCAAAGCUAAACCUGUUGUGAGUGACUAUGAUAGUGAUGAGGAACAGGAUGAAAAUGAUCAAUCAGAAGCAAGUGGAACUGAUGACGAGUGAGCCACCUAGUGCUUAUUUUCGGGUCAGAACUGAACUCCUUCCUCCCUUCUCUCAUUUACACCCAGUAAAUUCAUCCUGUUAGCUAGACAUUGAGUUGUUUCUGUAUUCUCUUCAACUAUAAGAAUAGCUUUAGAAUAGUGCCAGACAAACAUAUGAUAUCAUAGUGUAAAAAAGAAAAAAGAAAAAAAAAUUUGUAGCAUAUUGUGACCAAAUGGGCCUCAAAGUUUCAAAUAAAAAAAAAAAGCUUUUGAUGGAAAAUAUGUGGGUUGAUAGUAUAUUUGUAUGGGUCGGGUUUAGUUUAGUAAUGGUUUGGUUGUGCCUGAUUUUAUCACCUGAUCAGAUGCUCUAAAACGGCUUAGCAUCGGAAAGAUGAAAAAUGUGUUUUUUGUAGCACUAAUAACCAGGAGGAGCCAUUAAAAGCCACUGGUUAUUUUAUUUUUCAUCAGGCAAAUUUUCAAGGUUUUUAUUUGUUCUGUAUUGUUUUUUACACUGUGGUACAUAUAUGCAACUUUGUUUAAUAGCUGAUAAGUGUACAGUAGGUAGAUUUCACCCACCUUACCCCAUAUACGUUUUUCCACUUUAUGCGCAGUGAUCUCUGGAAAAAAUGCUUUUUGAAUUGUAUCAGAUUUAUGUCUACUGUAAACUUUGCUCUUUUUUGCUCUUGAUUAAAAACAACCUGUUGGAUUGAAAAAUGCUAUUGAAUAUUGCAAUCUAUAUAGUGUAAUGGAUGGCUUCUUUCAUCAAACUGAUCUUCUUUGUUACCAGUGUGGAUUAUCACCUUUUCCCUAAAGUGUACUUAAUCUUUGCUUUCUUUGCACAAUGUCUUUGGUUGCAAGUCAUAAGCCUGAGGCAAAUAAAAUUCCAGUAAUUUUGAA